AUGCCGGCUCAGCAGAUACAGUACUCGGAAAAAUAUUAUGAUGAUACAUACGAGUACCGUCACGUUAUUCUGCCCCCAGAUAUUGCGCGUCUUUUGCCGAAGAACAAACUUCUCAGCGAGGCAGAGUGGCGGAGCCUUGGCGUGCAGCAGUCACGGGGCUGGGUUCACUACGCUAUCCAUCGACCAGAGCCCCAUAUUCUCCUAUUUAGACGCCCGUUGAACUACUCGCAGGGUGCUACUACUGCGACGACGGGGCUAUCGCAGAACCCUUCUGAAUCUGCCUCACACGCCGUUCCGUGA